AUUGAUCAUGGAUUUGGAAAACAUGACGGAGGGACCCUUUUUAUUGAACAUGUUCACUUUGUUUUGGAUGUAGAACCCGAAAUAUCUGUUUCAACGUACGAUAAGAUAAUGUGUGCGUUUAAAUGUCUGCAUCAAAGCUUUUGCCUUUCGUUCAACUAUGAUGCUCGCUCGCCGGGAAACAACAGCUGUGAGUUACUCAGUAAAAACAAGUACACACUUUCUGAAAGAUUUCAACCAAGUCAGUUUUUUAAUCAUUACAGCUUGAUGAGCCCAUGUGAAAACGGUCCAUGUAAAAAAGGAGCAAAGUGCAACCCACUAUACGGAUCUAACGGUUAUUAUUGCGAACGAAGUCCAGGGAGUAUUGAGCAAGGGUCCCCAUGGAUUAAACUUAACAAAAAUGUGGUCUGCUUUGGCGCCAAAAAUGACGCAUUCGGGAACUUCACUGUGACGUCUCACGGAACUAUUCUAACAAUGAGGCUGGUCUACAUUUCGGGGUUUGUGACGUGUAAUAACAGAACCGUCCCUUAUGGAAGUCAUUGGGCGUGCAAAAAGGGAUCACGUAUUGCAACAAUUGUCACCAGUGCAGCCAAGAAUGUAAUAUUCCCAGAAGAUUACAAAAACAAAUCUUACUCAUUAGUUGGUUACCAUGCCAACUCGUCAGAGCUGGUAUUUCCACCCCGGUCUAAACCCCUGAAGGUAACUAAUGGCGAGGAAUACCAAAUAUGGUAUAACGAGGAUUUCGUUAAUGGAGAAGAAUUUAACAACGGCGGACAAACCUGCGUGAAUGUUUACGCCCUGUAUGAGUCAUAACAGGCCAACUGCUUACUUCCUCUCACUGGAUUAGAAAAUAGCGGAAUUAAUAAAGUUGUCGUCUGUGUGAUGGAAGUUCUGAAUAUAACCGUUGUCGGUCGAAGCGACUGACUUCAUGGUCUGAUGAUGACUUCCAACCAGGUUUUCAAAGCGUAAAUUGUUGUCAUUUGUACUAUUAUGGUUAUGAUCGACCGUUUACUGUUACCGCUCACUUUAAAAUAAGUAAUAUUAUUUCAAAAUCAUUGAUUGUUUGAAAUUUUCGCGUUUCUAAAAUGACCCUUCCACGUUGCGCUACAUGCAGUAUUACAUUAGUGUUUUGAGGUUUUCUCGUGUAUAGAUUCACAUGGAGGUACUUUUAAUUAUUAUAUCUGUGAAACUUUUUAAUGGUAAUUUACUAUAAUUAUU